AUGUCUGCACGAACGGUCUGGGAGAUCGUCGAAGAAAGGGGCCCUGGGUUGGCAACACUUUGCAAUGAGGACAGGGGGUUUUCCAUAGGUCAUUUAUAUGCGCAAAGUCUCUUGACUUUGAAGAUGCGACUCAUAAGGAAGGGUUUGAGUUUAUGGUUCAAGUCACCGACAAAGAAAUGCCAAGAAAUUAGACUUGUUUUCCCAUUAUGUCUUGUAAACAGGCCCCCUAAAGAAAAAAACAUGAUGCACCUCAGCGUCCCAAAUUUAACGGGAGUGGUUAACUGUAUACAGGCAAAGGGGCUGGCUAAUCCCCGUCACACAGACACUGCAUGGGGGAUAGUAAAACUACGUGAUGUGAAUGACAACGCUCCACGUUUCCAGCCAGAGCACUUGUCUAUUACGUUAACGGAGAACGAGCUCCCGAAAGUCCCUUUAGCCAGAUUGUCGGCCCCUGAUCUCGAUAUGGAAGGUAAGCAACUAGUUGAGUACCGACUGGAGGACAACUUCGGUGCCCUGAAUGUAGACACAAAGGGAAACCUUGGCUUGUGGCGUCCUCUGGAUCGCGAGAAUUUCGACGGAGGAACAGCUGUCGUCAGGGUGAUCGGCGUUGACCAAGGGUUGCCGCAUCCUCUUUCUUCCACGGCUACUGUUACGAUUUCGAUUAAUGAUGAGAACGAUUGUCCUCCUUAUGUUGUGGAUACGCUCUUCCACGUGACGGAGGAAAGACAGGCCACACUCUUAGGCGUCUUAACGGCUUCCGAUCAAGACGACUGGGAACUUGGUCAUGGGCCUCCGUUUUCCUACUCUCUCGCGUCCUCAAAUCCGCCUGAAAUGCUGAAUCUCUUUAGUAUUAAAUUAGAUGCUGAUUUGGACAACGGUCGUGGUGGCGCAGAACUAUGGACAACGGGACCCAUAGACAGGGAAGCACAACAGCAGUUGACGGUACUCGUGCAUGUGACAGACGCCGAGGGUUUGGCAGAUAAUACGAAAAUAACAGUCGUAGUCGAUGAUAUUAACGACAACCCUAUGAAACCUGCCACUAAAUCCGUCUAUCUUUGGAGGCCGGAG